GGCGGGGUGGCAGGAGUCCUUCCCAUUUCCUGGCAAAUAUCGAUGUUCCCAGAGCCAACUUUGAUUGGAUGGGAUGUUAAUAUCAGCACGUUUGUGGUUACUAACGCCUGCUCAGGGCCCCACGUUCGUCCUGGCCUCCGCCUGGGGGUCACACCUGCCCCUGAGAACUCAAGCUGAAGUGUACGUGGAGCCCAGCCCUCCUUGGGGUGCUUCAUGCCUGGGCCGCCCGGCGGCACCCUCCCGUCCAAAGGGAUGUUGUCUCAAGUCUUCACGGGUCAGUGAACUUUCUCAGUUCCGCUCCCUCUCUUGGCAGAGCCACCAGCUCUUGGGCAGGGCCCGGGCUCUGCCUCCUGGUCCAGUUACCAAAAGGCCUGUGUGGACUCAGGGACAAAUCAGGAGACAAGUUUCAGGCCACCAAGGCACAGGGGUUGUUCAGCAGAAGCCUUUGGUCUUCAUUUACUGCAAGACAGAGCGACAUUCUGGCGUGUCUGGAUGGUUGGGAUCGGAGAUGUGUCUGGACAGCCAUCCCCAGCACCCAGUCACCCCCACCCUCAAGGAGCAGAUGACCCUGACCACGAUGGGACUCCGAAGGGCCAUGUGGAAGAAAGCUGACCGUCAGCCAGAAACAUCUGCCUGGGAAACACCUUCCCCUCUCCCCCCUUCUUCCCCCCAGAACGUGAGCAAGAAACAAACUAUUCUGUCAGACUCCCGGAAUCUGAAGGCGCAUUUAUCACAGCCUCUGUGUGACCCAGAUUCGUACAAGACCUAUUUUAAACACCGAUUCAGUGUUUUCCUGAGUCACACCUGUACACGCACAGCCAACCUUCUAACCAGAUACUUGCAAAGGGCCAGUUACCUGGAAGGAGAUGCUGGACACCAGAGGGAGUCAUUCGUUCACUCAGCAAACAUCUGUGGAGUACCUCCCAUGGGCCAGAGCUGCCCGGCUGGGCUCUUCCAAGUCACGGAGACGGAAAGAGAAGGCUGGGUCUUGCGUCGUGGGGAAAGAGGCAGCUGCUGGGCCACGUUGCCCCCGCCUUGCUUACGCUGCAUUUUUGGCAGACUGAGUGCUGUGAGCAGGGAAGGGGGUGGUGUCGGCGGUGGUACUGAGAGAAGGGGAAUUCAGGAUACCACCGCCAGCGGCCCGCAGGCCUGCCGAGGAGACCUGGAGGAACAUGUGAGCGCCGGGAGCCACGUGGAUAAAGUGGGGCACAUAUGGAGCAUGAGUCAAGCUCAUCGGAGUGGGUAGACGGCUUUCGGUGCUAAUGGGCGUUUGCUGUAGAGUCGCUAGACAGAAAAAUUAAAUCAUAGGUAAAAGGAUAAAAAAGAUACAUGGAAAUAAUAAGGCUGUGAGCGUAGGAAAUUUCGGCUUUAUGACUAAUUGUUUUAUGAAGAAGUUUGUUCUUCCCUGUGAAAUGCACCAAUGUGGUAGAAGGCUGAGGACACUGGGCACGGGAAGAAGGGUCUCCCCACCCCAUCUACCAUUAGCUCCUUUUUCCAUUUCAGGAAGAACACGGAAACUAGGACUUUAGGAAAGUCAGAAGGAGUGUAUUAUAGCAUUUAAGAUCAUGGCUUUGGGUUUAGGUAGGCCUGUGUUCAAGUUUCUCUUCUCUUCUACGUGACUCUCGGAGUUAGCUCUCCUUAAAUCCCUUGGCUGGUCAUCGAGUGUUAGAGCAAUCCAACUCGAGAGGCAUAGACACACUCUUAGCCCUGUGCCUGGCACAGAGGUAAAUAUCAAUGAAUAAAAUAUACAGGUCUACCCCACUUUUCUAAAGUUCACAUUAUGUCAUUUUGCUUUUACAAAAGAUUGCCAUCAGUACCUGUUUUCAUUACCUGGAAGGAAUCCAAAGAGGAGAACUACUUUUAUGAAAAAAGGCAAAAAGCAAAAAUCGUUCAAUAUUUGUUUUGCCUCUCAGCUCCUUCCCCUCAAAGUACACUUAGCAGCCCAGCAUCAAACCACCAGAGCUUUGAACUAUGUCUGUGAGCAUCUGAGUUUUGUGCAUCCUUACGAAGAUGCGUGCUAAGGUAUCAGGAAAGCUUUCAUAGUGUUGCUUUCAUAGCAAUGCUUUACUUUCCAGUAGCAAGGGAAAUUGUAGAUACUCGAUGGGAGAUGAAUGUAGUGAACAGGGGUGUUAGGUGAUUCCCUUCUGCACACACCAAGCCUCCCUCCCACCCGCAUCACCUCCCAGGAGCUGCCCCGCCCCCGCCCCCUGCCUCCAUUAAGUCUUUUAAGGAAGCAAUCAUUCCAAGUGGCUUAAGACUCUCUUUCCUAGAAGAAGGUAACACAUUGGCUAGUGAAUGCGACUGCAGAGCUGACAUUUUUGGGAGAUGACAGAACAUGACACUUACCUUCAGAAAUUUGGGGAAGGGCUUUUGGGAAAUUAGAACUUUCCUGGGCUCAUGGCACAUUUGUGUUCAUGGGCCUUUUUCCUCCAUAAAAGAAUUAAAAUAAAAUAAAAUAAAAUUAUAUUGUAUGAGUGCAUUGGCAUAAAGAGGAAUGUGGCAUAGCUUGUCUUCUUUAUUGUGUAUUCAUAAUAAUAAUCAUUUUUAUUCUGAUUUUAAAAGAAAUUAAAAAAUUUUUGUGGCCCCUAGGCACAGCGCUUAUUGGAGGGCGGGAGUUAGUAGCAUGGAAAGUAAACGCAUUAUCUAAGCGAAAUUUUUAUAAAAACAGGACAAUGGAUUGAGUUUUGCUUAAAGCUACCUUUAUUUAAAGAAAAGAGAGCUUUUUACCUGGAUACUUUUGUUGCUUUUGUGUUUUCUUUCAUGGUUAAAAUUGGCUUUCCCUUAGGAAAUGAUCUUUAAAUUACAUAGUAAUUUUAUUUUAUUUAUCUUGUUUUUUAAUGCAUUGUUAAUCUGACAAGAUAAAAACAGCCCUGGGCUUACCUAUUGCUUUUGCCUGCUUGCUCCUUCCUGGCUUGCUUCUUUCUGUAGGUAACAAGGUUCCUUUGUUGAGCCACCCCUCCCCCACUCUCUGCAAUUCUGCUUUAGGUGGGGCUGGGCACACCCCCUUGAACUGGCCAAUCAGAGUAGUCCUCCUGGGCCCUGAUUGGUUCAAUGAUAAUAAGCACCUGAUUGCAGACGGGCCAAUGGGAGCCCAACCUGGAAUUCUUGUGGGUGAUGUGGAGGAGCUCUUUUCCUUGGGGGGAUUCCUGGCUAUAAAAGCAAGUUUAAGUUACCUACUCCCAAGGGCUGCCAAUGGUAAAUGCCCACGAAAGAGUGAAGCCCUCACAGAGAAGAACAGAGCAAAGAGAGAAGUGGAGCUCUGAUAGCAUCAGUUGAACCCCUGGAUUUAGUUAUGCUUGAAGCUAGUUAACCCUUGGAAUUUGAAUUACAGGAACCAAUAACUUGUUGUUGUUGUUGUUAAAUCCAUUUAAAUUUAGUUUUUUAAAAAAUCAAAACAAAGAAUUCUAAUACAAUUGACGACCUCAGAUUUUAUUUUUUUUAAUGCCUUAUGAAAUACACAUAUGAAUGUCAGAGAAUGUUUGUUUUAUGCCUACCUAGAGUAAGAGAAGGAUGUUCCCAGGCAUGUUCAACCAGUAUUUCCACUUGGGUCACCUGGCUUUGGCAGCAGCCCCCUCUUCCUUUUAUCUGACUUUUAAAAAGUUACUUUAAGGGACACCUGAGUGGCUCAGUGAGUUAAGUCUCUGCCUUCAGCUCAGGUCAUGAUCUCAGGAUCAAGCCCUGCAUGGGGCUCUUUGCUCAGCAGGGAGCCUGCUCCCCCAUCCCCCUCCCACUGCACACCCCCCCCCAUGUGAUCGCUCUCUCUAUCAAAUAAUGACUUCAAGACUUCCUUCAUCAGCAACAGGCUGCCUUGAUAUUCUUCUGAAUAAAAAUAUGACCUCUUUUUGUUUAUCAGGAGCAGAUGGAACAGGCCUUCCCUCCACUGUGUCCCAGAAAUGUGCUAUUUGAGAACUUCCUCCUUAAGAGGAAAAUCAGUGAGCAAUGACAAUCGAUGUGUGUGAUUCAUUCACUACAGGCAGGACACCUCGACGAUGGUGUGGUCCAUAGACCAUAGCAUGGGCAUUAUCCAGAAACUUCUUAGAAAUGCAAAUUCUUGGGCCCCACCCUUGAUUUACUGAGUUAGAAGCUCUGAAAGACUAUUUUUGUGACCCUGAGAACCAAUGGCUUAGGGGUUUCCUCUUUCAGUUACUAUAGACACAGCUGCUGGGUGAUUAAAAUCAAGCCUGAGUAACUGUUGUAGAAUCACUCCGGAUUUGAGCAUUUGCUUCUCACUUUGAGGAUCAGAAGGGUCAAGCUAUAAUAAAUUGGCUAUUUUCUCUUUUUUUCCUUUUUAUUCAUUAGAAUUUUGCUAAAUAUACAUUCUGUUUGUAUUUUUUCUUCUCUUCAAGCAUUUUUUUUUUUUUACACUCAGCAUAUUUGACUGUAUAUAUUUCCACCAGUGUUGAGAGCCCAUCAUUAUCUAUGACCUACUGCCAUUUAGAAGAUUAGACCUUGCGGCGCACCUGGGUGGUUCAGUUGGUUAAGCACCUGGCUUGUGAUUUUGGCUCAGGUCAUGAUCUCACAGUUGUGAUGAUGCAGCCCUGUGUCAGGCUCUAAGCUCAGUGGGGAGUCUGCUUGGGAUUCUCUCUACUCCUCCCUGAAUGCUCUCCCUCUGUCUCUCAAAAAAAGGUUAGACCUUGAUACUUCAUUGUGUCUCCCCUCCCCCCCGCCCCGAACCCUCACCUCCAUUUAGUCUCCUUUCACCCAUUCCCAAGCUUUGUUGAAAUCUUUUGAUUUCAAAACAGAGAGUUUUUUCUUAACAGUUCAUUAAACUUUGUGGCCAUGUUUUUGAUGGUCAUUUGGACUUUACUGCUUUUACACAUUUAAAACCACACUUCCUUGACUUGAAACCUAUCUUCCUCUUUUUUGGAUUCAUUUUUCCUAUUGGUGGAGUGCAUCCCCUAGAGAAUCUUUCAGAAAGCACUUGUGGAAAGAAACUUUCUGAGUCCUUGUUCUUCUAAAAUUGUUUCUAUUUUGUACUUAAAUAAUUUUUUGCUUGGGUAUAGAACUCUAGAUUCAACAUUUUUUUUUCUACAGACAUUUAUGGCACUACAUCUUAUGGAAUUUUAUACUUAUUACCCUUGAGAAGUUUGAUGUCCUUUUGUUCUUCCUUUGAAGUUAAACUAUUGGGAUUUUUUUCUUCUUCUUCUUUGGGAUUGGUUUUCUUUAUUCAUGGAAAUUUUACUAGUAUGCCCAGGGCCAAAUCCUCUACACUCCUCUCUUGUGUUUCUUUUCAAUACUUUGUGGAUUCUUUUAGUAUGAAGACUUAAGAACCUCUUUAGAUUUGAAUUUUUUGUGUGUAAUUUUUUUAUUAUUUUCUCUAUCCAUUUUCUUUCUGGAUAUUUUUAAGACAGAGAUUGGAACUCCUGGUUCUGUUUCUUUGUUGCUGUUGUUUUUGUUGUUGUUUUAAGAUUUUUUAUUUUCAAGUAACCUCUACACAAAAUGUGGGGCCUGAACUUACAACCCCAAGAUCAAGACUAGCACACUCCACUGACAGAGCUAGCCAGGUGCACUAUGGUUCUGGGUUUUUUGUUUUUGUUUCUGUUUUUUUGUUUUGUUUUAAUAUUCACUUUUCUAUCUCCCACAUUUCAAUGGCUGGAAUUUUGCACUAUGUAUUGGGUAGUUUGCUUGUUUUAACAUUCCAGUUUGUCAACGCACUCUUCAUUUGUAUGCAUUUUAUUUAUCAGUCCAUCACUGGUGGGGAUUUUUUCAUUUGAAAAUGUUGCAAGCCAUGGAAAAUUACAGAAGAUAACAUAACAAACACCCAUGGACCCAUCACUCAGAAACAAUAAAUAUUAAUGUCUUGUCAUAUUUGCUCUUGUUCCUUUCUAAUAAAAUAUUACUGAUAAAAAAUUGCAGUUUAUUCCUCUCCCUACUAAUUUAUUCUUCUCUCCACUCCUUCAUCUUUCCCAGAGCAAUUAUUACCAUAGCAUUAUGUGUUUACAUAUAUAUUCCACCAUCACCCUUCAGUCUUUCCUAGCUUCUUGGUUUUGGUUUUGCUUUGUUUUUAUUUUGUUUUAACAUUUUAAGAUAGUGUCACACUGGAUUUACCUUUCUGUAGUUUUUUUCACUCAACAAUAAGUUUUGGAAAUUUUAUUUAAGUUGUUGGGUAUCUAGUGCAUUCAUUUUAACUACCAUGUAAUAGACCUUUGUAGGAAUAUGUGCAAUGCAUUUAUUCAUUCCUCUAGUGAUAGAUAUUUCAGCUGUUUCUGAGUUUUUUUGCUUUUAGAAACAACACUUCAGAAAACACAUAUGUUCAUCUACUUGUACAUGUGUGAGAGUUCCUCUAAGGUUUAUACUCAGAGAAGGAACUGCUGCAUCAAAUGAUAUACACAUUUUUGAUUUAUUAGAAAAACUGUUAAAUUCUUCUCCAAAGAUGAUCUACAAGAUGGCAUGCUUGUUAUGUAUUCCUGUAGCACCCUUUGAGAAUUUGUGACUCCCUGCAUCUUCACAAACCUUAGAAACUGUCAGACUUUUUCAUUUAGGAAACCCAUUUAGGAUGGGUGAAUUAAAAAAAGAGAGAAAGAAAGAAAGCUGAUGGUUGGAAAUUAUAUCUUCUAUCGGGCUUUAGUUUUUGUUAAUCAAGAUUUUAGUCUCCAAGAAUCCUUUUACUUAGAAGGACUACUUAGAAGAACUACUUAGAAGUUUUGUCUGUUUGUCUGUCUAUCUGUUUAUCUAUCUAUAUACCUAUCUGUCUGAAUAGGCAGCUGUCUCAACUGUUUCUGAAGAUAUUAAUUAUAUUUAUUAAAAAGCCUUUCUUUCUUUCUUUCCUUCCUUCCUUUCUUCCUUCUUCCUCUUCUCCAUUGCAUGAAUUCUGUUUCUUCAGGUGUAAAUUCUGGAGGGGAGUUGGUGCUUCUAUUUCAUUCUGUUAAUUUUUCUGAAAGUAUUGGCAAUUUUUAGCAUCUACUCAUCCAUAUUGCUCUGGCUAGAGUGGAUUUCUCAGCCCACCUGAGAAUCCCUCUUUACUUGGCCAUGCCUAGAGGUUCUUAGGAGAGAAACCUGGCUCUCCCAUGUGCAGAGCAAGGGAGAAGCAGAUGCAAGGGUUUGUGUGUGAGCAUGAGGUCUCCCGUCCACUGCCAUGGCCAUGGAUGGCUGGGGCACUGCUCAGCUAUUCAGGCCAAGAGACUCCUCUGAGAGUCUUCUCAUUUUAUCAGAAGCCCCAAAGUACUCUGGUCACCCUCCCAUUGCCCAUCUUCUUCUUCCAUCUGCUGCUUCUAGUCUUGGUGUUUGUAUUGAUUUGCUGGAGUGUGGAACAAAUAUCACAUAUUGGGUGUGUUCUCACACAACAGAAAUUCCUUUUCUCAGAGUUCUAGAGGCUAGAUAUAUGGCCAAGAUGAUGGUGUCAGCAAGGUUGUUUCUUCUGUGGCUUUUUUCCAGAACUUGCAGAUGACCUCUAUGUCUUUGCUUGAUCUUCCCUCUGCUUGUUUAUGUCCUAGUCUCUUCUUACAAGGACACCAGUCCUAUUGAGUUAGACCAUCCUAACAGCUUCAUUUUAACUUAAUCACCUCUUUAAACACACCAUCUCUAAAUAGUGUCACAUUCUGAGAUACUGGGGUUAGGACUCUGACAUAUGAACUGGGGUUGGGGGGACACAACUCAGUCUGUAACUGUCCUAUUCUAGCGUUCUUCUGGGAAAAACAAACUCUUUUGUGGAAGGCCCCUCUUUAUUCUAUCUUAUUGAUGCUAUUGCAUACAAACUGGUCAGUCUCAUAUGGAGGUUAGCUAAUUUGUUUAAUUGAAUCCUGUGAUCAGAUAUGUACUUGUAUGUUUCCACAUGGCCCUUUCUAUUAUAAACAGUUGGCAAUAAACUUCUUAUGGCUAAAUACUUGUUCAUAACUAUUUCCUCUUAUAUAGUUUUCGUAAUUCAAAUUAGAUAGAAUCUGAUAGAUGAAUUAAGGAAAUUCCUUUGCAUCAUAGGGAUCUAUAGUGAUUAUAACUCAAAUGCCUAGAGAGAAGUAGUAUCAAACACAUAAGGGAAAAAGCUGUGGGACAAUUUAGAAUGAACAAGGGAGCUUCUAGAGUGCUGGUAAUGUUCUGUUUCUUGGUUUGGGUGCUGGUGACGUGGAUAUGUCCAGCUGGUAAAAAUACAUCGAGGGACACCUGGGUGGCUCAGUCAGCUGGAUGUCUGACUCUUGAUUUCAGUUCAGGUCAUGAUCUUGGGGUCUUGAGAUGGAGCCCCGUGUUGGGGCUCUGCAUUGGGCAUGAAGCCUCCUUGAGACUCCUUGAGAUUCCUUGAGAUUCUCUCUCUCCCUCUUCCUUUUGCCCCUCCCCACCCCACUCACUCUUUCUCUCUCUAGGAAAAAAAAUGCAUUGAGCUAUCUGCUUAUGAUACAUGCGUAUUUCUGUACAGAUAGUAUAUUCUGAUAAAAAUUAGAAGAAAGAGAAUCUGGUGAGUGGGCAGCAUAGGAACACAGUAACUCUGAGCACUGCUUGCUUGGUUGGCAUUGCAUUUUUUUGAAGAUGGUUAUGAAUGAUAUGCUUUUUGGCAAUUUAUUUUAAUGGUCUGGUGGUUCUUAACUCUGGCUGCACAUUAAAAUUGCCUGGGGAUGUGUUUUAAAAAUACUGCAGUCCGGCCCCACUCCAGAUCAGCUCAGUAAGAACCCUUUGGGUGUGGGGCUCUGACUUCAGUAUUUUUACAAAGCUCCCCAGUGAUUCCAGCAUGCAACGGGGUUUGAGCAAAAGUGGUCUAGAAACAGAAUUAUUUUGAUCAUCUGUGUUCUGUUUAGAUUUGCUCCGUGAUUUCAGAAUUCUUGUCAGUUUAUAUCAACCACUCCUUUUGCAUUAAUAAAAAACACACAUAGAGUUAAAAUGCACUUUAUUACCAAACUUCCUACAGGAAAAAAAAAAAAAAGCUUUUUUACUGUGAAUGUGAAUUGAGUCCCUAUCCACCUCCUUUUUCUUUGAAAUCAUAGAAACAACUUCUUUAAUAAAGCAAUUUUUAUAAACUCAGGAAUGUGACUAUUGUAUUGUAGUAGGAUGAAGAGUGUUUCCUCCAAUGCGUUCUUAGAAGGAAAAUCGUUGGUUCGAUGGGUGUUUAAUCUUCCAGCUUCUUGUGUUGCUCCGUUGCCCCGCCAGAAUUCCCACAGAUAGAUAAGCAAGCUUGGUGCUCCCCAGCUUUGCUGCCUCCACACCUCCCUUACUUUUUUUCCCUUUAUUUUAAAAAAACUAACACAUAAUGUAUUAUUUGUUUUGGGGAUACAGGCCUGUGAACUCAUCAGUCUUACACAUUUCACAGCACUCACCAUAGCACAUACCCUCCCCAAUAUCCAUCACCCAGCCACCCCAGCCCUCCCAACCCUUCCCCUCCAGCAACUCUCAGUUUGUUUCCUGAGAUUGAGAGUCUCUUAUGGUUUGUCUCCCUUUCUGGUUUCGUCUUGUUUCAUUUUUCCCUCCCUUCCCCUAUGACCCACUGUCUUAUUUCUCAAAUUCCUCAUAUCAGUGAGAACAUAUGAUAAUUGUCUCUCUGAUUGACUUAUUUCGCUUAGCAUAAUACCCUCUAGUUCCAUCCACAUCAUUGCAAAUGGCAAGAUUUCAUUGUUGAUGGCUGCAUAGUAUUCCUGUGUGUGUGUGUGUGUGUGUGUGUGUGUGUGUGUGUGUGUGUGUAUCACAUCUUCUUUAUUCAUUCAUCUGUGGAUGGGCAUCUAGUCUUUUUCCAGAGUUUGGCUACUGUGGACAUUGCUGCUAUAAACACAGGGGUGCAUGUGCCCCUUCAGAUCGCGACAUUUGUAUCUUUAGAGUAAGUACCCAGUAGCGCAAUUGCUGGGUCGUAGGGUAGCUCUAUUUUCAACUUUUGGAAGAACCUUCAUGCUGUUUUCCAGAGUGGCUGCACCAGCUUGUAUUCUCAUCAACAGUGUAGGAGGGUUCCCCUUUCUCCGCAUCCUUGCAAACAACUGUCAUUUCUUGACUGGUUAAUUUUAGCCAUUCUGACUGGUGUGAGGUGAUAUCUCACUGGGGUUUUGAUUUGUAUUUCCCUGAUUCUAGGUGAUGUUGAGCACUUUUUCAUGUGUUUGUUGGACGUUUGGAUGUCUUCUUUGCAGAAAUGUCUGUUCAUGUCCUCUGCCCAUUUCUUGACUGGAUUAUUUAUUCUUUGGGUGUUGAGUUUGGCAAGUUCUUUAUAGAUUUUGGAUUCUAGCCCUUUAUCUGAUAUGUCAUUUGCAAAUAUCUUCUCCCAUUCUGUCCUUGUCUUUUGGUUUCGUUGACUGUUUUUUUGUUGUGCAAAAGCUUUUGAUCUUGAUGAACUUCCAAAUAGUUCAUUUUUGCCCUUGCUUCCCUUGUCUUUGGCGAUAUUCCUAGGAAGAAGUUGCUGCAGCUGAGGUCAAAGAGGUUGCUGCCUGUGUUCUCCUCAAGGAUUUUGAUGAAUUCCUUUCUCAAAUUGAGGUCCUUCAUCCAUUUUGAGCCUGUUUUCAUGUGUAGUGUAAGGAAAUGGUCCAAUUUCAUUUUUUUCCAUGUGGCUUUCCAAUUUUCCCAACAUCAUUUAUUGAAGAGGCUGUCUUUUUUCCAUCGGACAUUCUUUCCUGCUUUGUCGAAGAUUAGUUGACCAUAGAGCUGAGGAUCCAUUUCUGGGCUCUCUAUUCUGUUCCAUUGAUCUUUGUGUCUGUUUUUGUGCCAGUACCAUACUGUCUUGAUGAUGACAGCUUUGUAAUAGAGCUGGAGGUCUGGAAUUGUGAUGCCACCAGCUUUGGUUUUCUUUUUCAACAAUCAUCUGGCUAUUCUGGAUCUUUUCUUGUGUCAUAUAAAUUUUAGGAUUAUUUGUUCAAUUUCUUUGAAAAAGGUUGAUGGUAUUUUUUUUUAAUUUUUAAUUUUUUAUUAUUAAGGUUGAUGGUAUUUUGAUAGGGAUUGCAUUAAAUGUGUAGGUUGCUCUGGGUAGCAUAGACAUUUUUGCAAUAUUUUUUUUUCUUCCAAUCCAUGAGCAUGGAACGUUUUUCCAUUUCUCUCUGUCUUCCUCAAUUUCUUUCAUAAGUAUUCUGUAGUUUUCUGAGUACAGCUUCUUUAAUUAGAUUUAUUCCUAGGUAUCUUUUGGUUUGGGGUGCAAUUGCAAAUGGGAUCGAUGCCUAAAUUUCUCUUUCUUCUGUCCUAUUGUUGGUGUUUAGAAGUGCAACUGAUUUCUGUGCAUUGAUUUUACAUCCUGAUACUUUAUUGAAUUCCUGUACAAGUUCUAGCAGUUUUGGAGUGGAGUCUUUGGGUUUUCCACAUAAAGUAUCAUGUCAUCUGCAAAGAGUGAAGAGUUUGACUUCCUCUUUGCCAAUUCAGAUGCUUUUUAUUUCUUUUUUUUUUUUUAAGAAAAAUAUGUUCAUUAGAAAAGUCCUAAUUGUAUAUAAAAUAUCAAGGAGCAAGUUAAAACUACCUGAUGUCCUACCACCCAGGUCACCAUUCUUAACAUACUCUUGUCUCACCAUCUGGGUGUGUACAGAUGUAUGUCAUGUGCAGGUGGUGAGACAAAUAGCAGCCUCUCUUCCUUCCUGCCCACCAUCUCUUCCUGAAGCUCAUGGUCAGGACAGGUGGCUUAAGCGUGGCACCAAGGUGAUUAUUUUUGAAGAGCUAAAACUACAAUCAUUUCAUAAGAAAUAUAUAUACAUAUAUAUUUGUAGUCAAUACACAUGCAUAUUUUUCUUCUAGAUUCAACUAAGUGGUCUUUGAAAAUAAAUUUUGGGUUUGUUUUAAACACUUUAGGAGAGAAACAGUCCCAGGCUGUUUCUCUCUUCUCCCCUUCGCCAUGUCCAAUCGACACUUACCCCCAGCCAGGACUAAGUGGAGAAGGAAAUGAUUGUCCUUCCACCAGCCCCUGUGGCUGCAGAAUCUCAAGAAACAAGAAGGGACUAGGGCACUGGGGACCUCCUCCAUGGAUGCUCUCUGCAGGUAACUCACACUGGACAGAGACAUCUAAAAUAUCUAUAGUUGAACUCAUUAUCUAUCCCAUCCUGAUUUCUUAGUCCAGGUCACGGUCAGUGGUAUUUCUCAGCCUCCUAAAUGGGAGCUCAAGGUCACAUUGGAUCCCUCCUCAUCCCUAAGCAGAGUCUGGCUAUAGAGCCCUGACCUAUCCCACCUUCUUAUCUGGCUGCUUCUCUCCAGGGUCAGGCCUCACCUCUUCUCCAUCAGCCUCCAGCCUUCUCUCAGAGUCACCUUCUACAACAGAUCUGAUCCUGCCCCUUCCCUGCUUUCAAGCCUCUCUGGGCUUUCUCUGGUCCCCAGGACCAAGUCCCAAGUCCCUAGCUCAACAGUCAAGGCCCUUUACCACCAAGAGCCUUUACCCCUUCAUUCUGGCCCCAGCUUUCCUCCACAGCACCGCCACUGUGCCAGCCAUUCUUCAAACACCCAGGCUUCUGUGUCUUUGCAUCACUGACCUUCAUCUCUGAAUACCCUUCCUCACUGAUAGAGUCAUCCUAAUUUCUCAACACCCACUUUAGAGAUCUUCAGUCUGCGGACAUUUUCCUUAACUCUCCUGUCCCUCCGAUGGCUAUUCCUGGUGAGGGAACGGAGGGUCAUUUGACCUGGGCCACACAUCCAGAAAUAAUCUCAUGUUCAGACUCCUGAUGCUGUCUUUCAAAAGAUGCAUGUGUACACAGAGACAUCCUCAGGAUAAUGUACUGACCACAUUGAAAAGCAAGAUUUAUCGUGGGCCUCUGAACGUAUCUCAUCCCCCAACCUACACUGGCCAAUGUGUGCUAUAGUUUCAUGGUUAUUUUCAAAUAAUGAACAGCGAUUAUGUCACGAUAGACACAAUCCUAUUGUACUAUAUUUUUGGUUAAAGUCAUUAAUUUGUUAAAAGCAAUAUUUGAAACAUCCCACAGAUUUUAUAACCUCUUUUGACAUCUUCUUCUUCUUCUUUUUAAUAUACUGAGAGCAUUGAAGUCUAGAUAACUCUCUACUUGGUCUCCUGAAGAUGUCAAGAUACAUCCAUUGUGAUGCCAGCUGUGUUAGGUUGUUGAAAAACCAGGUUAUUCACCAGGCUGAGCUCAGUGGAUAUAAGAGGACACAACUCCACUCUCUCCCCCCACCAUGCUGCACUGCCACCCACCAUGCUCUGUGGUCUCUCCCUGCCUCACAGCUUUUCAGGCACUGUGAGAACAGUUCUAUGUGGGGGUACUGAAAUGGACUGUCCAGCAGAGAUCAAAAUUUCAGCCUCCCAUCUAGUGUCAUGGAGCUCUCCUCCCAGUCCAGGCCAGUGGCUGGAGGCUACGGUGGGGACAGGGACAGGGCUGGGCUCACUCUUCCUAGUUGCUUCACUACUCCUUCCCUGCCUUCUGCUGCUUUGUCCAGGGUUGGAAACGGGGAAGGUCACCUGAGGGACAGGGUUGGUGUUCUUGAGAAGUGCAUGGCAGGCCCUCCCUCAUACUGCCCAUUUGUGAAUGCCUCAGAGAAUUCCCCAACUCUGUGAUCGAUACACCCUCUCUCUGACCUCCAGCAAGCCCCCGUUGUUUUGGGGCUCACCUCCCCUGCACUCACAAGAUCUUUAGAAUGAAAGCCCUUCACUUGGCAGGAGGCUUUGGGAAGGUCCUUCCAUGGGGCUCUCUGGGCCCUCCUUCCACUGUGGCCCUCCACAUAUUCUCUCUGUCCUUGCAGGAAGCUUGGGCAAGUCUCCUGCCUUCACUGUCCUGCAGCUGAUUGGGAGAUACCCGACUCCAUGUUCAUGUCACCCAGACUUGAGGGGAUACCUCACAUUCUCUGAGGAGCUGUCUUCCUGACCUUGUGCCAGUGGGACAGGCCUUCAAGUCUCACAGCUUGUCAGGUUUCUCUAGCUCCCUUCUCAAAGCCCCCCUAGUCUCCAGGAGCUGUUCUCUUGGGGCCCCAGCUGGGAGAUGCCCCCAAAUUGAAAAUGCUCCUUUCUCGUACAAAUACCCCAUAUUUGUUUCUACUUCUGCUUUAAUAUAUUACAAAAACUGAGUAGCUUAGAACAGCACACAUUCAUUCAGCACUCCCCCGCCCCCUGGAAAGAUCCAGAAUAAUCUUCUCUUGCCAUAGUCUUUAACCUUGAUCACUUCUGUCAAGUGUCUUUUUAUUUUUUUUAUUUUUAUUUUUUAUUUUUUUUUGCCAGGUAAAGGGACAUGUACACAGGUGGUUCUGGGGAUCAGGACUUUGGGGGAGCAAUAUUCUACCAUAUCCAAUUAUUUCCUUCCCUCAAGUGUCUGCUCUUGUUUGCUAUAGGUUGAAGGAGGGCAGUGGGGUUGCCAGUUUAGGACAGGCUACACAUUUCAGUAACUCCCAGAGAGGCAGCUCUCUCUAGAAUAUAGGGUAGUUAGUACCUGUUGCUCUCGGCCUGAAGACUAUAACUUUUCCAAGCACCUGGAAAAGUCACAUGCCAUACCCCAGCCUUCCUGCUCCGGGCUACGGAGAUCCUUGAGCGCAGGGUCUGUUUCCUGUUUGUCAGACAUCGGUGCCAGACACAGUGUGUGCAGCCAGCGAGCCUUCUGGAAAGUUCUGUUGUGUGUAUGUAGAAGAGAACCAAAAGUUAUCUGCUUUGCUGCUCGGAGGAACUUGGGAUAUAGGACACUUGUCAUACCUGCUGGAUAAAAUGACAUAAUACACAUAUUUAAAAGACUAGGUGGACUUGAGACAAAUAUCAGGCCACAUUAACUUGCCAAGAAGGGAAAAAGACACGUGACUCUCCAGAUUGCUGAUGCUCUCUUGGUGAUUUCAAUCAGCACGUGGCCGUGGGAGAGCGCCUGCUGGAGUUCUCGCCAUCAGUCUGCUUGGGCUCCUCCUACAGCCUUAGAGCGAUGGCUCUAAAUCCCAUUUCUCUUCUUAAAUGACUGCAAAGUUUACUGCAGGUAGACUAUUUCUGGCACUGCUUUAGGGGCCCCGAGAAGGUGGGGAAUACUGUUAACUUACAAUGGAACUGGGCACCAGUGCAUCGGGACAAGCUGGCUUUCACCCUCAUAUUGACAGGAGUGGACACAUUUGCUUGGAGAGCCCCUUAAACAAAUCUGCCUGCUCCCUCUUAUUUUUGUUUGGUCCCCAGGCAACCUGAAAUUCCUCCUGUGGCUUUUAAACAAAGCAUGGGGGUAGGAAGAGGGGAAGGAAGCAUGGGCCUGGCGGGUGGUGUCAGUCUUUCACACUCUGGCUUCCUUAUUUUAAAUACUGGAAAUGUAGUCACACCCAGAUUCAAAACACAGUGAACAUUCCCAGGUAACUG